AUGGCAGAAAAACAGGAUUUGGAAGGGGGCGACCCAGACUCGGAACGUGGAAGGCCUCCAAUGGAGCUACCCGUCCUACCAAAGUCUCUCACAUUGGAAGAAAAGAAGUACCUUCUCGCAGUAGAACGUGGAGACAUGGCGAACGUCAGAAGGAUACUCCAAAAGGCCCAUCGUAGGAGUCACGUUGACAUGAACUGCGUAGACGCUUUGGGUCGUGGGGCACUCACUCUUGCGAUAGACGCUGAGAACCUGGAGAUGGUUGAGCUCCUUGUCGUGAUGGGGGUAGAAACGAAAGAUGCCCUAUUGCAGGCCAUCAACGCAGAGUUCGUGGAGGCAGUCGAACUGCUAUUGGAGCAUGAAGAGUUGAUCCAUAAAGCUGGGGAGCCAUACAGUUGGCAGAGGGUAGAUCCAAAUACGGCGAUGUUCACUAGGGACAUCACUCCCCUGAUCCUGGCCGCACACAAGAAUAAUUACGAGAUCAUUAAACUGCUGCUCGAUCGUGGAGCUACCUUGCCGGACCCUCAUGACAUCAGGUGCGGUUGCGAACAGUGCAUCCGGGAUUCAACCGACGACUCCCUGCGGCAUUCCUUGGCGAGGCUAAAUGAAUACAGGGCGCUGGCAUCUCCGUCUCUUAUAGCCCUCUCCUCUACUGACCCUAUUCUCACUGCAUUUGAGCUUUCAUGGGAGCUCAGAAACUUGGCUUAUGCUGAACAGGAAAGUAAAUCGGAAUAUCUAGAGUUACGUAGGCAAACGCAGAAGUUUGCCGUGGACCUUCUGGACCAAUCGCGAAGUUCACAGGAGUUGGCUAUCAUACUCAACUAUGAUCCCGAGGAGCCACCGUUCAUUGAGGGAGAGCAUAUGAAGUUGUCAAGACUUGAGUUGGCAAUCAACUUUAAGCAAAAGAAAUUCGUAGCCCACCCAAACAUACAGCAGUUGCUGGCCUCUAUCUGGUACGAUGGCGUACCAGGGUUCCGUCGCAAGUCGGCCAUCGAGAAGGUCAUGAUUAUAUUUCGUGUCGCCUUCCUCUUUCCGUUCUACUGUUCGUUAUACAUGGUCGCGCCCAAUUGCGAAAUCGGCAAGCUGAUGAGAAAGCCUUUCAUGAAGUUCCUGAUUCACGCAUCCAGCUAUCUGUUUUUCCUUUUGAUUCUAAUUUUGGUGUCGCAACGGGCAGAAGUUCAGUUAAUACAAAUGUUCGGUACGGAGCAAAUGAUUAAAGACCUAGAGAAAGAAGCGUUGAAACAGCGAGGAAAUGGGCCGACUUGUUUAGAGAUCAUGGUCUUAAUAUACGUGUUAGGAUUCCUUUGGGAGGAGACGCAGGAAAUGUACGUAGAGGGCUUUCGCUCAUACCUCCGGAACAUGUGGAACUUCAUCGACUUCACCCGCAACUCCCUAUAUGUGGCCGUGGCACUACUUCGCGUGGUCGCCUAUGUGCAACAGUCAGCGGAGAUUGAAAAGGACCCCCAAACGAAAUACAUCCCGAGGGAGCAGUGGGACGCAUUCGACCCGCAACUCGUAGCCGAGGGGCUCUUUGCUGCAGCUAACAUAUUCAGUGCCUUGAAACUAGUGCACCUGUUCUCCAUCAACCCUCACUUGGGGCCUCUGCAGAUCUCUCUAGGGCGAAUGGUUAUCGACAUAGUCAAGUUCUUCUUUAUUUACAGCUUGGUUCUUUUUGCUUUUGCUUGUGGUCUGAACCAAUUGCUUUGGUACUUCGCUGAUUUGGAGAAACGCAAGUGUUACGUUUUGCCUGGUGGCCAGCCAGACUGGGAUAACGCCGGGGAUUCCUGUAUGAAAUGGCGGAGUUUCGGAACGCACAUUAUAGGCGCUCCGGUAGCUACCACGCGCUUAUCCGAGCAGGCUCUAGUUUGUGUGCCACCGAGGUCGGCAAAAUUUACAUUAGCAGAAUGGAAAAUGAGCAACUCGCAGCGAUGCAGGAACACGGAGGACCAGCAGCAACUCGCAGAUAGAGUGCUCGGUGAAUCCGAGAGAAUCCGCGAGGAGACAGGCGAGCGCGCUGCUAUAUUGAAGGCGACUAGCGACAGGCGAAUAGAAGAGCGCAUCGGUGACGUUGAGUUCAAUAAGAAGGAGCUGCAGAUUCAGAGGAAGGAGAUAUGCCUGGAACUGGAGGCGCUAGGCGUGUACAAGACGAGGCUGCAGGACUGCCUUGCGUCGCUACAAACAAACGCUUUGGCGAUCUGCCGAAAGUGUCUGAUAUUGAGGGACGGACGGAUCGGUAUCGAUCUGGUGGUGGACAACGUGGAGCAUGCCCUUCAGCAAGAGAUAACAACCAUCCUCGGAGCUCAGACGCUACUCAAACGCAAUUUGGAACAGCUGAAUGAACAGAUGCGGCGCUUGAGAUCCACCCGCUAUCUCCUAGAUCGUGAUCUUCAAUAUAAACAAGCUGCUAUAGAUUUGGAUAAAGGCUCGUUGUCCCUCAAGCCUACAGACUUAUGCCUGUCCGUAUACGAAGGAUAUGCCAACUUGGACCCGGCUAACAUAUCGGCCGAAGAAUACAACGCCUACUCAGCUAAGAACAUUCAGUCAGCUGCUAGAGAAGUCACCAGUGCACGGCCGAUCCGAGUUUUUAUCGACACCCUACUGAGUCAGGUCAUUGAUGACUUAUGGGCUGCGUACCAUAAAUGCAACCACGAGUUCAGCGAGCGCAUUAAAGAGACCAAAGGCGCGAAACAGCAACUAGAGGAUAUGCACCGAGAGACAACCCAGAAGAUAUCCGAUAUGCAAAACAAUAUACUGCAGCUGCAGAAAGCUCUGUCGGAUAAAGAGGGUAAUGUAGGUUUGGCCCAUACGAGGUUGGGCCGACGCGCUCAGAGGGUCGGUGCUGAGCUGGUCCGCGAUCCUCCAGGUCAAGCGUUGUACUACGAGUGUGAGAUGUUAAGGCACAGCGUAGAACAGCUGCAACAAAUGCUGCAUGAGGCGAACGCCUCGCUGCGAUACCUGCUGCAAACCCAAAUACAGCUGGAAGAAGACAUCAAUGUUAAAAUGAACACUUUGAAGAUCGAUGAAGUGGACUGCAUGACUCUACGUGCAACAAUGGAUUAUCAUGCAUAU